GAUGCUAGUACUACUUCACACCCCCCUCUUAUCGCCUUAGACCUCGAUGAUGUUCUCUGCCAAACCAACGUCUCGAUCGCAAAGUGGCAUAAUGCCACGUUUGAUACAUAUAUGACGCUGGAUGACUUCCAUUACUACCAUUACUGGAAGAACCCAUACUGGGGCUCACCGGAAGAGACGCUUAAGAAAGUGCAACAGUUCCUAAAAAGUCCCGAAUUCCUCAACGUACCCGUAGUGGAAGGUGCAAAGGAAGGCGUGGCUGAACUCCGUCGGUUGGGUUUCCGAUUAGUAAUUGUUACGGCACGAGCCAGCAGGGACAGCAAGCUGACGGAUGAGUGGCUCUCUGCUCACCUACCAGGUUCGAUCGACGCCGUGUACUAUACUGGUGAAUUUGUCAAAAAAGAUGAUUCCGCAGACGCAGUGAGGCCAAUGACAAAAGCGGAAGUACUCCGGGAUAUCGGAGCUGUGCUAUUCGUGGAUGAUUCGUUGAAUAAUGCAGCCUCUUGCGCGUCUGCCCAAAACGCUCCGCCAGUUCUUCUCUUCGGGAAUUACGAAUGGAGUAAGAGGUAUUCAAAAUACGACCCCGUUGACGAGAGAGCAAAAAUGAGUUUUGAAGAAAGGUGCAGAAUAGAUGGAAACCACUUCUGGGAGAAAGAAGUUGUGGAUGAUGCGAGUCUGCCGCCGCAGUUGACGCGCGUCUCUUCCUGGCCAGAAGUCAUA